AACACAAGAAAUGAGAGAUGAACAUCUACAAUAUCGUCUACACAAUGGAAGAAAGAUUUCCACAUUACUCACAAAACCUACAAUCUAUGCAUCCCUCCUUCUCCUAUCUUUCGUCAUCGGUUACCUCUCCUCGUCUUCCAUGUCAGCCGACUCCGAUCACUACCGUUUCGCCACCCGUUGCGCCAGACCGGAGCCACCCUCCGUUGUUCGCACCAAACUAAUGGAGGCGUUCUACAAUGGUUCAUCUCCCUACGACGAUUUCCCACCAAAACAUGUUGCUCCUUUCUUGGAUCCAGCCAAGAUCAACGGUUGGGAUUCGAACAAUGCUGUUUUUGGUAACCUAAUUCGUAGGUACCGACCCAAGACCAUUAUUGAGGUUGGUUCGUUUUUGGGCAUGUCGGCUAUUCACAUGGCGGAGAUGACGCAAAGAAUGGGGUUAAAUGCGCAAAUUGUUUGCGUAGAUAAUUUUAGGGCAUGGCCUGGAUUGGACAUACCGAUGAUAAAUGGGGAUGUUAUGUUGAUGUACCAAUUUAUUCAGAAUUUGGUUCAUAAAAACGUGACCGAAUCCAUUUUAUUUCUACCUUACUCGACCGAUGCGGCUCUUGAAAAGAUGUGUCAAAUGGGUCUUUAUGGGGAUAUGAUCGAGAUCGAUGCUGCCCAUGAUUUUCACUCGGCUUGGGUAGAUGUAAACCGGGGAUAUAAGCUUUUGUCGCAUAAAGGAGUGAUUUUUGGGCAUGACUACUUUAAUCCUACCGAUCAAUAUGGUGUUCGACGAGCUGUGGAUCUCUUUGCUCGGGUUAAGGGUUUGCGGGUCAGAACCGACGGUCAGCAUUGGGUCAUUGAUCCCAACUGAUAUGGUCAUUAGAUUGUCCU